UUAGAGGCGCUGCAGCCGGGGCAGAGGAGAGACGCGCGCGGGGCCCGGGAGUUGCGCGCGGCCAGGCGCUGAGCACGCAGCGCUUCCCAGCUCAGGGCGCUCGGUCCCUCUCGUUCGCUCGCUCGGGGCGCGCCGCGGGGAGAGCGGCAGGAUGAGGCUGUGGCGAGGCGUGGGGCUGGUGCUGGCUGCGCUUCUGCUGAGCGAGGAGCCCGGCGAGGUGUCCGCCGCGGGUUGUUCUGGCUGUGGAAAAUGUGACUGCAGUGGAGUAAAAGGGCAAAAAGGUGAAAGAGGUUUGCCUGGUCUACAAGGUUUAAUUGGGUUUCCUGGAAUGCAAGGACCCGAAGGUCCCCCUGGGCCACCAGGAAUUAAGGGUGAUACUGGAGAACCAGGGCUCCCAGGAACAAAAGGAACAAGGGGCCCACCAGGUGUAUCAGGAUAUCCAGGAAACCCAGGUCUUCCUGGCAUCCCUGGACAAGAUGGCCCACCAGGUCCACCUGGUAUCCCAGGUUGCAAUGGCACAAAGGGUGAAAUAGGUCCUGUUGGUCCUCCAGGUUUACCUGGAUUGGUUGGGUUAAUAGGACCUCCAGGAUCUCCUGGAAUUAAGGGAGACCCAGGUGAAGUGAUUGGGUUUUUACCAUCAAAUGUGCUAAAAGGUGAAAAAGGUUAUCCUGGCCUCCCUGGGCUACCAGGUAUGCAAGGAUUGCAAGGGCUCCAAGGCCCCAUCGGGCCACCAGGGAUUUCAGGAGUUCCAGGUCCCCCAGGCCCACGGGGUGAUCCGGGUGAGAAGGGUCAGAUGGGCUUGAGUUUUCAAGGACCAAAAGGUGAUAAGGGUGAACAAGGAGAGCUGGGCACACCAGGACCUGCCUCAUAUGACAGCAAGAAAGAGUACAUUCUCAUAAAUGGAACGACGGGUGAAAAAGGUGAAAAAGGUGAUAUAGGGAUUAAAGGAGAUCCAGGCUCAUGUUUCAAAGGGGAAAAAGGUGAACCUGGGAAAUCUGGCCCACGAGGAAAACCUGGAAAAGAUGGCGAGCAAGGACCAAAAGGAAACACUGGUGAGGAUGGUGGGUUUGGAGUUCCAGGACUACCAGGUGACCCUGGUCCUAAGGGAGACAAGGGCACACAAGGUCUUCCAGGACUUCCAGGAAGAGUAAUAAGUACACUGGAAACUUAUGGUGAAAAAGGAGACAUUGGUCCUCCAGGUUUUCCAGGAUUAAAAGGUGAACAAGGUGAAAAAGGUUUACCAGGUGUACCAGGAUACCCAGGUCCUCCAGGUUUACCUAGCCCAGGGAUCACAGGUCCACCUGGUUUCCCUGGUGAGAGAGGUGAAAAGGGUGACCGAGGUCCUCCAGGACGCUCUCUGCCUGGAUCAACUGGAAGGGAUGGUUUUCCAGGGCCUCAAGGUUUUCCAGGUCCUCCAGGACCUCCAGGCAUAUCAAAUGGAAUCACGGAAUGUCAGCAUGGAGAACCUGGUGAUCGAGGUCUUCCUGGACCUCAAGGACAACCUGGAUUCUUAGGAGAGAGAGGAGAUAAAGGUGAUAAAGGUGAUGGUUGUGCCUUUUGUGAUGUAUCUGGGCUUCCUGGACAUCCAGGGCCACAAGGUCCACCAGGUCCACCAGGCUUUCCAGGACAGCCAGGAGCCAAAGGAGAUAGGGGUGUGCCUGGACUCAAAGGUCUUGAAGGGGUUCCUGGUUCUCCAGGUGUGCGAGGACUGAUUGGUAGCCCAGGAGCAAAGGGAGAGCCCGGAGACAUUUACUUUGAUUCUAAUAUAAAAGGUGAUAAAGGAGAUCCUGGAUUCCCAGGGCAACCAGGUGUUCCUGGAAGAGAAGGAAGGCCAGGGAGAGAUGGCCUGCCAGGUGUCCAGGGCCCUAAAGGGGCAUCGGGUACAAUUGGGCUGAAAGGAGAACGUGGUCCCCCUGGCUCAAGUGGAUUUCCUGGGGUACGUGGUGAAAGAGGCCAGCCUGGUCUUCCAGGGGUAGGACCUGCUGGACCAGCUGGUGACAAAGGAGAUAAAGGCUUUCCAGGAAACCCAGGUGGACCAGGCCGUCCAGGGCCGAAGGGUGAAGCAGGACAAGUCAUUCCUCUGCCUGGUCCCCCAGGGUCAGAUGGUCUCCCAGGGCCACCUGGCUUCUCUGGAGUCCAAGGUGACAGGGGGGAUCCUGGGAUUCCAGGAAAACCUGGAUUUCCAGGAGAAAAAGGUGCUAUUGGGCAGCCAGGAAUAGGAUUCCCUGGGCCUCCUGGCCCUAAAGGUUUCCCAGGUCAGCCUGGCACAUCAGGUCAGCCAGGGGCUCAAGGGCGUCCUGGCUUUGAUGGUUUACCAGGCACACCAGGUUUGCCUGGUCAAAAAGGUGACCCUGGAGUGGGUCUCCCGGGUCCUAAAGGAUUACCAGGCCCACAGGGCCCAGCUGGCUUCCCUGGAGAAAAAGGAAAUGCUGGUUUGCCUGGCUUACGAGGAGAGCAAGGAUUUCCAGGUGUACCUGGUCAGCCAGGAAUCCGAGGUGACCCAGGUUCAGCUGGAUUACCAGGUUCACAAGGUCCCCCAGGUGUGGCAGGAAUAGGCCCUCCAGGGCCCCCCGGACCUGCAGGAGGACCAGGGCCACAGGGACCAAAAGGAUUUCCUGGAACAAAGGGAGAGAGGGGCUACCCAGGUAUCCCAGGACUAGAUAUGCCAGGACCAAAAGGAGAUAAGGGUAGCUCUGGCCAGAGUGGGCUACCAGGUCUGGUAGGUUUACCUGGUGCACCUGGUCCACAAGGAAAAGGUGGACUUCCAGGCUUUCCAGGCAUCAAAGGAGAAAUGGGAGUUAUGGGAACCCCUGGAAUCCCAGGUGCUCCCGGGCCACUAGGAAAUCCAGGAUUACCGGGUGAAAAAGGUACUUCAGGUUUUCCAGGUACGCCAGGGCCACGAGGUGAUACUGGUUUCAAAGGGAGUAAAGGUGAAGUAGGUCUACCAGGAAAACCAGGAACCAUAACGGUAACGGACAUGGAAAAUAUGAAAGGCCAAAAGGGAGACCCAGGAGAAAAAGGACAAGAAGGACCAAUAGGAGAAAAGGGAAAAACAGGGGAUUAUGGUGUAGCAGGAAUGCCAGGGAAGGAUGGUGAACCUGGCUUCCCAGGACUUCCAGGACGAAAAGGUGAUCAAGGCCCUCCAGGAUACCCAGGUGACCCAGGAUUUCCAGGACAAAAAGGGUCAAUUGGAGAAAUGGGUUUGCCAGGAACACCUGGAGAAAAAGGUGUACCAGGUGUGCCAGGCUCACAAGGUAUACCAGGGUACCCUGGAUUACAAGGUGCAAAAGGAGACAAAGGAGAGUCGGGUAUUCCAGGGGUUGGCAUUCCAGGUUCUCCGGGUGAGAAGGGAGAACAAGGAAGACCAGGUGUUCCAGGCUUCCCUGGUGAAAAAGGUGAAAAGGGUAGUGCAGGAAUUGCAGGAAUGCCUGGUCAUCCAGGUCCCAAAGGAUUACCUGGCAUUGCAGGAUAUCCAGGCAGCCCAGGUAGCCAGGGAGAAAAGGGUGAAAAAGGACUCUCUGGUUUGGAUGGCAUUCCAGGUUUAAAAGGAGAACCAGGUGAGCCUGGUUCUCAAGGUUCCUCUGGUGUCCCUGGACAGAAAGGUGAACAAGGUUAUGAUGGAAUUCCAGGUUCGCCUGGAGCAAAGGGUGAUCCAGGUAUUCCAGGUAGAGGGCUUCCAGGAUUUCCUGGUGCAAAAGGAGAUAAAGGUGCAAAAGGCGAUGUGGGUUUUCCAGGAUCCCCAGGAAGCCCGGGGAUUCCUGGCUCAAAAGGAGAAGCAGGAUUUGUUGGUCCACAAGGUCCUCCAGGCCAACAGGGCACUCCUGGACUACCAGGGAGAUCAAUGGAAGGUCCUAAGGGAAACAGAGGACCCCCAGGUCAACCUGGACUUUCAGGUCUACCAGGUCCAAUGGGACCACCAGGAUCUCCGGGCCUGGAAGGAGCCAAAGGAGAAAAAGGAAACACGGGUUGGCCUGGACCACCUGGAAGACUUGGAAUCAAAGGUGAUCCGGGAUUCCAAGGCAUUCCUGGUACUGAUGGUUUACCAGGAAAUAUUGGUCAAAAGGGUGAUAUGGGACCUCCAGGAGUUCCCGGGUUUCAAGGUCCAAAAGGAUCUUCUGGCUUCCCAGGUCUCAAGGGAGAACAAGGUGACCAAGGGUUUCCUGGCUCUAAAGGUUUACAAGGUCCACCAGGUCCUCCAGGUGCAUAUCAGCUUCAUAAAGGGGAACCAGGUUUACCUGGACCUGUCGGACCAGUUGGUCCAAAAGGGUUCCCUGGACUUCCAGGUCCAAAAGGACAGCAAGGAGUGACAGGACCUGAGGGUAUACCCGGGCAACCUGGUAAUCCAGGAUUUGAUGGUCAACCUGGUCAGAAAGGAGAACCUGGUCCUUCUGGUCCUCCAGGUCCGCGAGGAGCCAGAGGUCCACAAGGCCCUGAGGGUUUACCAGGUGCUAUGGGCCCGCCAGGCACACCAUCUGUCGCUCAUGGCUUCCUUGUUACCAGACACAGCCAAACCAUUGAAGAACCAGAAUGUCCAUCUGGAACUAAACUGAUGUACUAUGGCUACUCCUUACUUUACGUACAAGGCAAUGAAAGGGCACAUGGUCAGGAUUUGGGCACAGCAGGGAGCUGUCUUCGUAAAUUUAGCACUAUGCCAUUCUUGUUCUGCAACAUCAAUAAUGUAUGCAACUUUGCAUCAAGGAAUGACUAUUCCUACUGGCUGUCUACUCCUGAACCCAUGCCAAUGAGUAUGGCACCUAUCACUGGUGACAAUAUCAGGCCAUUCAUCAGUAGAUGCUCUGUAUGUGAGGCUCCUGCCAUGGUAAUUGCAGUUCACAGCCAAACAGUUCAAAUACCAUUGUGCCCUGAAGGCUGGAUGUCGCUUUGGAUUGGUUACUCCUUUGUAAUGCAUACCAGCGCUGGUGCUGAGGGUUCCGGACAAGCUCUGGCAUCUCCAGGUUCCUGUCUAGAGGAGUUCCGCAGUGCUCCCUUCAUAGAAUGCCAUGGUCGUGGAACUUGUAACUAUUAUGCAAAUGCUUACAGCUUUUGGCUUGCCACUAUAGAGAGAAAUGAGAUGUUCAAGAAACCUACUCCUUCAACUCUGAAAGCAGGGGACUUGCGCUCAAACGUUAGCCGUUGUCAAGUCUGUAUGAGAAGAACAUAAUGACAUUUGAAUUUCAACUAAUGUCACAAUAUGGUGCUAUUUGUUUAACUGCAAUGAAGCUUAGAUGUAUAUCAUAUGUACCUCAUUGUUGUCCAAUAUGAAAACAGUAAAGUGCCUUAUAGGAACUUGCAUAACUAACACACACUGCUUUACUGGCUCUGUACUUGCUGAAGAAGAAAAGAGACAACAAAGAUAAGCUUCAAAUACCAAAUGGCACUUUUGGUAAAAGAAAUGUUUAUGUAAAUGCAAUGCACUGACAGUAUAAAAAAGCCAGAGUUCAUGCAGAAAAAUUCAAAGGUGCUAGGAAGUAUGUUGUUGUGCCUUACUUUUGACUCCCCUUUCUUGUACUAUAUAUUUAGAUUCAUUUCUCCUACCCAGAUACGUAUGCUAUUACCAUUGUCUAGCUAUCUCAAAAUUCCAGACUCUUAGGUAUGUACUUAUUGUUCCUGUACAAAGUAAUACUAAUAUAAAGAAGAGUUUUGUGAUUACAGAUUAUGUAUCCAUAUUUUCAAAACAUAGGGUGCCAUCUAGCUUGCUUUUCUAUUUGUAGUGCUUACUUCCACCCUAGUCCUAUUGGUUUCAGUGGGACUAUGCUCCAAAGGAAGGGUUUGCCAAACUAGUUUCACAAAUGGGCAAUUAAGUGUUUCUGCUAUGUUUGGUACUAUGCAGCUUCUUCAUGCAGUGGAACAAAUUUUCCUGUGGAAUAAAGAAUGGUCCAAUUGUGGUUAGGAAAAUAUAUAUAUAUAUAUUAGUAAUUUAUAUAGGUAUCAACAAUUAGGCAAAUCAAGCUUUGAGUUUGCUACAAUUUCAAAAAGAAGCUUACAUAAUUUUUCCUCUUUUUCAAUACAGUGUCAUAAAUUAGAUGUUAAAUGCCAAAAUACUUAAUGUGAAAAAUCUGUUUUCUUUCACUCAUUUCAAUACCUAACUGUAAAUUGCAGAGAAUGAACCCAGGUUAAUGACUAUUUGUGUUUAUUAUAGUAAAACGUGCUUUGAGCUUACAGUGUUUAUUCUGUAUUUAAUAUUUUCAGGGUUUUAAAAACUAAUCACACACUGAAUGACUUGAUUUUCAAAUUUAAAAGGCCUUAAUUUUGUUAAUAUUCCCCCAAAAAAGUUUUUUGAAGUGUUCAAAGAAAUAGUUCUAUUGGAUCUCUAUGCAAAUAUUCUGAUGUUUGAGCACAGAUGUGUCUAAAACUAUUUUAUAGACUAUAACCAUGCAAAUACCAAAAUAUUUUUGAGAAUGCCAAGGCCUUUUAUGUAAUUUCUUAAAUGUGUAUUUCUUAAAAAAAUCAAAUUUGUAAUAAAACUAUUUGUGUAAAAA